AUGUCUACGACAACGGCUUCAGUUAGCGCAGCCACUACUACUGCUGCAAAUAGCGGCCAGGGAGCAGGUUCGAACAAUGCUACAAGCUCGCCUUUACUGUUCUUUGUCGCUCUCGGCUUCGGCGUCGUCUUCACAAACCUAUGGAUUAUCGUUGGCGUCAAGUACUGCUUUCGAUACAACCAACGAAACCGUCAGCUACGCAGCGAAGAAACUGGAGAACCUAUAGAUCUAGCCGCAAUGCCACGGGCUCAUCGGAGGAGGAGAGAGAAAAAGCUGAUGACAAUGGAUGAGGUGAACGAACGAUUUCCACUGGUCAAAUACAAAGUGUGGCGGUCAUCUCGCGCAAACCAAGGUCUUCCCACUGAAGGAGGCAUAACUGCUCUCAGCGGCAAGCCUCCCAGCCUAAAAGACAGCGAGGAGGUUGUGACAAAAACGGUGGAUAUUUCCGCGCCCGCAUUAUCGCAAUCCAAAGUCCAUGAAUGUUCUGAAUCUCACGCGUCACAAACUAUCUCCCAAGAUAUGUCUCUUGGUCACCCAGCCCAGUCGUCGGACGAGAAGAUACACACGGUGCCGAAAACUUCUUCAAUUGAUCAGGCCACUGGUACAACUGAGGAGGAGCGUACCUUAUCUAACGACGGCGUUCACAUGGACAUUGAAGACGAAGAUGAUGGCGAUCCGAUCCAGAAAGCCGUUCCUACUGACCUUUUACCCAACCCUGGCGAUUCCUGUGCCAUUUGCCUGGAUAUCAUUGAGGAUGAUGACGAUAUCCGGGGACUGACGUGCGGGCAUGCUUUCCAUGCCUCAUGCGUUGACCCCUGGUUGACGAGUAGAAGAGCUUGUUGUCCCCUGUGCAAAGCCGAUUACUAUGUUCCUAAGCCCCGUGCGCAGACAGAGACACAGUCCGGCACUGAUCGGCACGGACAUUUUAUCUCCUCCAUCCGCGCCGACGCAAUUCUCAGACCGCCUCGGGCUGCCCGUAAUCGAAGUCGGGAAACUGGGUUCCGGGUACAUAUGAUCUUGCCGGGUCGAAUGUUUCAAACAACCUCGCAUGAACGAGAGAGAUCACCGCGCGGAGAAGUACGCCCGCAGCGGAGCCGGGAUGAGCUCGGGGAAUCAGAACGGCCAAAUCAGUCUUCCUGGCCACGAUUUGUCCCAGCUCGUCUGCGGCAGUUUUCCUCCCGCUUCUCUUCUAGAGAGCCUCAACUGCCACCUAACAUUGCACCCUCAUCUCCGGAGACUAUCACUGCGGAUCGACGUACACCUGCCCAGCUGGAAGCUGGCACGACCUGA